AUGAACUCCCUCUUCAACUCCGCACUGCGGCAGUCCACCUCCAUACGCAAGGAUCUCGAUGCCUUCGCCGAGAGCAAUACCCUUUCACCCGCCCUGCUUGGGCAAAUCAACGCCUCCCUUACUUCCUUCAACCGCACCAUAGACGAUUACAACCGCCUGGCUAAGCAGGAAAUGGUCUCUGCAAAGCAAGAAAAGGCCUACGAACGCAUCAAAAAUUUCCGCGCCGAAUUGACCGAUUACCGCGAACAAUUCAACCGGCUAAAAUCCGAAAAUGACGAACGGCAACAAGUCCAAAGCCGCGCCGAGCUCCUCGGCCGCCGCCCCCACCACGCCGCGACCCCCGAAAACCCCUACGCCUCCGCCUCCACCUCCGCAAACUCGCCCUGGGCCCCUCGACCCGGCACCGGCGGCGGCGGUAGCGGCCCUUCGGCCCUCGGCGCAGCGCCGUCGGACUACACGCGCGAGGCGCACGCGUUCCGCGAGCAGUCGUUCAUGUCGCAGACGAACGCGCAGCUGGACGAGUUCCUCGAGCGCGGCCGCGCGGUGCUCGGCGACCUGGGCGACCAGCGCGAGAUGCUCAAGGGCACCCAGCGCAAGCUGUACAGCGUCGCCAACACGCUUGGUAUUAGUGGUGAUACGAUUCGUAUGGUUGAGCGCCGCGCGAAGCAGGAUAAGUGGAUUUUUUGGGCGGGGGUGGUUAUCUUCUUUACGUUUUGCUGGCUGGUGCUGAAGUUUUUGAGGUGA